UUCACAACUCUCGUAUCACGUGAUGUUGGCUGAUAAACCAACUGACCUGAUAUCGUGCACACAUCAGGCAAAUCACGUUCGCCUACAGCACAUACAACAUGUCUCGCGGCAAGCAAGCCUUAUUACUGGUAAUGUUCAUCUGGAUGACCCUCGUCACUGCAAAACCACAGCCUUCCUUCUCUUCCUCUCCCUACCCCCCAGAGUGGACCAAAGCCCCUUCAUCGCUCAGUGACUUUCCCGUGAGGGAGAUCCAGGGGAGAAAUGUCACGGUAAUCGACGCUUGGACAUACCUCGGCAGAUUGGGCGCUUACAGAGUUCUGGUGGAAGCAACGCGAGAGUAUUUCUCUGAUUGGGGGUUUAACAACACAGGGAACCUUCUUUGGGGUCUGCCGUUACAAUUUGGCUGGCAAAAGACAACAGGGCGCUUGCGAAAGCCGCUGACCAUGGGAAACGCCACCAGUAACUUUCACGAAUCAGAAAAGGUUUCUCCAUAUAGCUGGUGGGCAGACAUGAAUUAUUUUCUCUCAAUUCUGCCUCUCUUAGGCGCCGUCAACGCCGGUACGCUCAAUCCACUCGGGUUUCCUGUGUAUGUUUUAGGGCCAAACAGCGUGACGAGUGAGUUGUGUGACACUGAAAUCAUGAAUUGUUUGCGAAUGCGUAAAACAAUAAACAAGAUGUGUAACACGAAUAGCGUUACGAAUGAAUUGCGUGACAGAUUUUGCAGUGGCGUUAAGCAAUGUUCUGAAAAGUAUCCCGAAGUAAUUGACAGGUGGACAGAGUUUUUCAAGCACUUGCGUGACAAGAAGCAUGAUCCUGCCAAGGACAUUACAUUGGGAUACCUGUGGAAAGCGCAUACUACCUCCAUUCAUUCAGCUUUGCCGCUAUUCACGGAUGUCCUUGCUCUGUUGCCUCAGCCUGAGAUAAACUUUGGGACUGGCUGGGCACAACUGGUAAAAUUCAUCGCAGCUUGUCAUUUCCAAACAAAUCUUAACAAUACGCAUGCGCAGCAGAUAUUAGGGCUGCCCCCGCGCAUGCUGCACAGCAGAGAUCACCCACCAUUCAUCCGGGACUUCACGACAAAGCAGAACACUUGCCUUGCUGUGAUCAACCUAAUUUUAGACGUGCAGAAGUUGUCCAAUGGAGGAGCGUUGAAACUGUGGGAAAAGGCAAUGUGCUCGGCGCAAGGCAGGAAAGACGGGAGGAACUUGCUAGAGAACUUGUUAGUGAAUCCGCUGAAAAGUGCGGAGGAGUUUUUAAAGGUUGUUGUAGAUUUCAUGAGGGAUCAUGACUGCUGAUGCAAUAAAAGAUGAUGGUAAUGA